GAAGGUGUGGCUGCUCCUCCAGUGUCCUCCGGGUGGGAGAGCGGCUCCGCGACCACUGGUGGCCGAACUCUUUGUGCCUUCUGCUAGAGAUGCUCUUCCUCUCGUUUCAUGCAGGCUCCUGGGAAAGCUGGUGCUGCUGCUGCCUGAUUCCACCCGAUAUACCUUGGAACCCGGGCCGGCGCUGGCAGCUGGAGAUGGCGGACACAAGAUCUGUACAUGAAACCAGGUUUGAGGCGGCUGUGAAGGUGAUCCAGAGUUUGCCGAAAAAUGGUUCAUUCCAGCCAACAAAUGAAAUGAUGCUCAAGUUCUAUAGCUUCUACAAGCAGGCAACUGAAGGACCCUGUAAAAAUUCAAGGCCUGGAUUUUGGGAUCCUAUUGGAAGAUAUAAAUGGGAUGCAUGGAGUUCAUUGGGUGAUAUGACCAAAGAGGAAGCCAUGGUUGCAUAUGUUGAAGAAAUGAAAAAGAUUCUUGAGACCAUGCCGAUGACUGAGAAAGUUGAGGAAUUGCUGCAUGUCAUAAGUCCAUUUUAUGAAAUUGUAGAGGACAAAAAGAGUGGCAGGAGUUCUGAUUUUACCUCAGACCUUGGUAAUGUUCUAACUACUCCAAAUGCCAAAACCAUGAAUGGUAAAGCUGAAAGCAGUGAUAGUGGAGCUGAGUCAGAAGAAGAAGAGGCCCGAGAAGAAGUGAAAGGAGCAGAACAAAGUGAUAACGAUAAGAAAAUGAUGAAGAAAUCAGCAGACCAUAACAAUUUGGAAAUUAUUGUCACUAAUGGCUAUGAUAAAGACAGCUUUGUUCAGGAUAUACAGAAUGACUUUCAUGCUAGUUCUUCCCUGAAUGGCGAAAGCACUGAAGAAGUAAAACCUGUGGAGCAAAACUUUGAACAAACUGGAAAAACUACUGUGUGCAUUCACGAAGCUGUAAAUGAUGAUCAUGUUGAAGAUGUUUCAGGAAUUCAGCAUUUGACCAGUGAUUCAGACGGUGAAGUUUACUGUGAUUCUAUGGAGCAAUUUGGACAAGAAGAGAUUUAUUUAGAGAAGACUGGUGAGAAAGGACAGUCUUUAGACAGCUUUUCCUCAAACAGUGGACCAUUUCAAUAUUACUUGAAUGGUGAUCCCAAUCAGCGCUUGGAAAAUUCUGGUUUUCCUGAAGAUGUUCAAGUAUCUCCUGCAAAUGGCAGCAUUGGGGAUAUGCAGGGGGUAGCAGUCGAAGGAAAAGGUGAAGUAAAGCGUGGAGGAGAAGAUGGCAGAAGCAAUAGUGGAACGCCACCCAAUGAGAAACGGGGUGGAGAAAAUUUGGAAUUCUGUAAUGUCAGAAGAGGGAGAGGGCAUAGGAUGCAACCUUUGGGCGAAGGAGCCAAAGGUCGGCAAGUGGGAAGUGGAGGUGAUGGAGAACGCUGGGGCUCAGACAGAGGCUCAAGAGGCAGCCUAAAUGAGCAGAUCGCUAUAGUGCUCAUGAGAUUGCAGGAAGACAUGCAGAAUGUCCUUCAGAGACUUCAUAAACUGGAAACACUAACUGCUUCACAGGCAAAAUCAUCAACAUUACAGACUAGUAGUCAGCCCUCCUCACUGAGACCAUCUUGGUGGCCGUUCGAGAUGUCUCCAGCUGUGUUAACUUUUGCUAUUAUGUGGCCUUUUAUUGCCCAAUGGUUGGUGCAUAUAUAUUAUCAAAGAAGGAGAAGAAAACUGAACUGAAGAAAAUGGUAUUUUACUCAAGAGGACUACUGGGCCUGGAUGAUCUUGGAAUGAAAUGGAUUUUGAAUUCACAAGGAAGUCUUAGUUUGUGAUGAUUACAUUUUUUCUGUUGUCCAGUAGUUUGGUUUGUGUACAUAUAUAUAUAUUUUGCAUUACACAAAUGAUAACAUUCAAGGACUAAUUUUGCUGAUACUUGAAUAAUCAAUCUUAAGUAUGUUAUAAGUAGCACACAUAGAUUUACCCUGCCCUUAAACCUGAAGAACAUUAUUAGUUGUUGUUUGGUAACAUGUUUACCUGAUUAUCUCCUCCACAGAAAUGUUAGCUACUUUCCAAGGUAAUAAUGAGAUCAGAUUUAUAAGUAGGUAUUUAAUUUCCUAAAUUAAAUAUGAGGAAGAAUGGAAACCAGGAGUGAAUUUCAAAUGAGAUUAAAUUGACUUUAUAUCUUACUCCCUGAAUUGCCAUGCCAAGGAAUAGAAAACUGCUGGGAAAGUCUUCUCCACAGUUCACUUUGUGGACUGCCCAGAGUACUUAAUUUCCUAAAUCUUUCUUGGGCAUUCACAACUCUGACUCUGGUGUUUAGGCAUCAAUAUUAGAAAGUAGAGCCCUAUGUACUAGGCUUAGGUUUUACAUAUGAGUCACCAUUACAGACAUAACCUGCUGAUGGAAAUGGAGAAUGGACUUAAUGUAGGUGUGAAAGUAUAUUCUGAGCUUGCAAACCAUUAAUAAAAUUUUUAUUCCGUGAUAUACAUUUAUUCCUUUGUAAUCAUUUUUCUUUAACUGAGGAUAUCUAGUUUCUGCUUCAUAGGGUGCUUUGAAAUAUACAAUAAAAACUUAUUUAUACUGUUUUCACAAAAGUCAUAAAGAAAACACGUGAAAAUCACUUUUCUGCAACUGGAAAACUAUACAGACUGGACUUCUAACCUCUUAGUGCCUCAGUUUUUCCUUCAGGGUAUAUUUGAGAUAUACCUGCUUCACAAGGGUAUUGGAAGGAUUUGCAAGCUAGCACGCCAGAAGCUUCCAUAUGAACAAAGCAUAUCCAACUAAUGGAAAUUUAAGUCCCUUUCCUUUCUACCCCCACAUUUAGACUAAGAAGACUUUGAUUUAUAUCCUUGAAGACCUUGUUUAGAAAAUUAUUCUUCCUGUAUACCUUACAAAACUCCCUGCUCACUUAGAUGUAUCUUGUGCUUUAAAGAUUUCUCUGAUCCACAGGCUUUGUAGCAAAUAAUUUUUAAGCAUUCUUGAUAAUGUAUGAUGUUGAGUUUAGCAUCAUGUGUUCAGGGUAUUUUCAAUAAGGGUAAAAGAACUAAUCCAUCCCUAGCAUAUGGGGAGGUUCUUUGUUUGCCUGAGGAAAAGUAUGAGAAUACAAUAUGCUUUUCCCAAGGCUCUUUUUUCUCCUUUUUUCUUUAAUGUAACUUGAUGUUUAUUUUUUAGUCCCAUUUGAUUAAAAUGUCUGUCUAAAGGGAUCUACUGAUAUUUGCUUUUUAAAAAACUGUCCUCUAUUUAUUAAGAAAAAAAAUUAAGCAAGUAACUGAAUUACAUGUAAAAAAUAAAGUUUAUUCCUGUGGAUCAGGCAUUAUUUUCAAAAAUUAGGUAUCUAUCUGGUAUCAGAAAAUGGUGGCUCUUCUCUUAGUAUAUAAAUAAAGUGCAGAUUCAGAAUGUGAGCAGUUGUAAUUCAUUAAAAACAGUCAGGAGUAACUAACUCCUAGGGAUAACCGUUUGUAUCUUGUUCCAAAGUCUUAUUUAUAGUUUGAAAAGCACUUUGCACACAGUUCUUGUAUAUAAAAAUAAAGAUAUAAUUAUAGGAUAUACUGUUACUGCUUUGGUUAACAUUUGAAACUGUAAAUUGACAGCUAUGGUAUUUUUUUAAUGAUCUACUUCUUUUCUGUUUCUUUAAUGUAAAACUAACUUAAAAAUAAAAGAUUAA